CAGCAGCGACAGCCUCCAAGAGACAGAUAGAGAGGGAGAGACAUAGAUAGAUAGAAAGGGAUAGAGAGAGAGAGAGAGAGAGAGAGAGAGAGAGAGAGAGAGAGAGAAAGGGGUGGGUAACAUGUCAGUGAGCAGCGCGUCGCCUCAGAUCACGUAAAUGAUGUGUACACAUUUUGAGAGGGAUAACAGAUCUUUGAAGGAGUUCCUCUCGGCUGGAGUUAUAGAGUGUCUGCACUUCACUAAUUGGCCCGUGUUGUGUUGAGGUCUCCUGUCCAAGCCAACGCUCAUCAAGAGACAGGGGAGACGUGGGCAGCUGCAGGCGGAUAGUGAGCUAACCAGACUGCCCAGGACUAGACAGUGGAGCAGGGGAGACAAUCGGUACAGGACUAGAACCAGACAGCUGUCAGAGACUGCCCAGGACUAGACAGCGGAACAGGGUCGGACCAGCACCAGAUAACCAAGUGCAGAAGUCGAACCGGGACAGGACCAUACGACUGUCGAGGACAGAACCAGGACUGCAGGGGAGUGUGGGAGAGGACCGGAGCAGGAAUAGACGGGACGGCGCUGGACAGCAGCGAAAUGGAUCUCAGAUCUCAGCUUCUGGAGCUGCUGGGUCUGUUCUUCAUCAUUCUGGCCUGGCUGUGCUCGCUGACCACCACACUCAUGUCGCAGUGGCUGACCCUCGCCACAGAGCUGCUUCCCGCCGAGAGCUACGAACUGGGCCUGUGGGAGACGUGCGUGGUGCAGGAGCUGGGCGUCAUCGAGUGCAGCCCCUACGACAGCCUCCUGGGCCUGCCGCCGGACAUCCGGCUCGCCCGCAUCCUCAUGGGCGCCUCCCUGUCCACGGGGCUCCUGGCGCUGGCGCUCGCCGUUCCCGGCAUGUACGUGGUGAACAGCUGCAAGGGCACGGAGACGCUGCGCGCCAAGCGGGUGCUGAAGAUGCUUGGCGGUGCCCUCUCCCUGACCACGGCGGUCCUGGGCCUCAUCCCCGUCUCGUACGUCGCCCACCUGACGGUGCAGCGCUUCUUCGACGAGUCCGUGCCGGAGGUGGUGCCACGCUGGGAGUUCGGCCAGGCGCUGUUCUGGGGCUGGGGCGCAGGGCUGCUGCACCUGGUGGCCGGUCUGCUCCUGGUCAGCUCCUGCAUGUGUCUACAGGACGAGACCUGCCCCGCCGCAGGGGCCAUUCCCCUGCAGAGACACACGAUGACGCACCCAGAGGUCAACCACAAAUUAGGAAAACGCACAGGUUACGUGUGAGCAAUGUGAAGCGUACCUCUGCAAAUAUACUACAUGGACCAGAGUUAGAUUUUUUCAUCCACUAACCAAAAGUCAGAUAUUUUUGGCUGGAACUGUUUUAUGGUGACAGAUAUAUGGCCAUAAGAUCUUGUUUGUACUUGAUGGGAUGCUGCUAUAUUCUUCAUUUUGGUUUUAUUCAAUCAUCAAGGUAAUGUCAAUUCCAAUGUUCUUGUUUUACAUUUAGGGUCAGAUUUCUCAUACAUUUUUAUUUCUAUGUACAUUUUUCUUAAGUGACGUCAUACAUAUCAUCCAAAGAUUCCUUUGACAUAUUUGAUCAGAAUCUGAAUUUAAACAAACAAAUACAUUUAAAGAUUGAAAUGUGCAAGCCGUGCCAGUGCAUUGAAUGCAUGCAUGAAAAUAAUCAUUUAUAAAACAUCAAUAAGACCAAUAAGGUUGUUCUUGUUAUGGUCCUCUUUACAUAAAGGAAUGUUUAUCUAAUAACACUGACUUUUAAAUUUAAAUUGACCCAAAUUAAGGUGGACAGUAGAGACAACAACAUGUGUGGAAGUAUCAGUCAGAACAUCUGACAUUGUAUAAAGUUGUUUUUGUUUAUUAUUACCAAAGAAUAUUGGUUAUUAAUCAAAAGUAAUUACAGUGUAAAAGUUAUACUGCAUGCUUGUUUCAUGUGUAUGUAUUUAUGUGCAAUGUACAAAAGCAAGGCUAAAAUGUGUAAAGCUCUAUACAGGGCCAAUUCUGAACAAAGUUUUCUGUAUAUCCACUUCUUCUUCCAAGAAUAUUAUUUGGAAGUUAUUCAGAGCAAUUGAACACACACACAGUUUGUAAGUUUGAACAUUUUUUUCUAUUUUAAUUUCAGGAUCUCCUAGAAUUCACAGAGAAAAUCACCUAAGUUCAUACAGUUAUUGUUGCUUGACAGUUUUGUAGGUAACAAUCUUAAAGUGUAUCGUUCAUGACACACCAAAAUACAUCUUACUUAGGAAAAAUAUUUAUGUUGAUUGUGCAUUGACUAUGCCAUGAACAUAUCAGAAAAUAUAUUUAAAUUAUUUUCACAUAUAUCUACAACAUUUGCUGUUGUCAUAUUUAGAGACUAUU